AUGGCAUCCACCGUCGAAUUCGCUACCGCAUUGGCGGAUAUGGGUCCCAACUCUCGGGUCAUGCGCACCGAGACUGGGGCGUUCCGUUCAAGUUCUCCUGAUGGAAGCCUUGUUCGAACUAAAGACCCUUUGCUCGACCCUCUGGGCAGAAUAGUUUUUCGACUUCUUACCAGUACCGCGGAAUAUCAAGGAAGGGGUGCGGGCGCUAUCCAUUUGUCUGGGCUAACCAAGGACGGCGCGACUAUCAUAGUGCACAUAAAAGACUAUGUGCCGACCGUUUCCUCAGGCUUGGACAGCCAUUCGUAUCUCGGCGGCUUUAUCCGUGAAAGGAACAUCCAAGUGAUGUGCUGGAUGGCCCUGUCUCAGCCCGGACAUGUCGUCCAGGAUCCGGACAAUUCUUGCAGUCUGGAUGUCAACGUGAGCUACCAGUACUUGGUGCCUUUGCCCCCGGAUGAUCCAUGCAUGAAGUCUUUGCUCCCGAAUGUAGUCCCCCUUCGAAUCCUCAGCUUCGACAUCGAGACAAUGGUCAUUCCCAGAAACCCGAGGUUCCCAAAGGGGGCCCUGGAACCCAUCAACCCCUCCAAUCAUGCAGCCCCCGUCCUUCAGAUCUCCAACGUAAUUUCUAGCCGCUAUGGACACGACAAUACAGCUGGCCAUCCCUUCAUGCGUGUCAUCUUCGUGCUUGGAGAAUGUGAUCCAAUUCAAGGAGCACAGGCAAUCCCUUUCCGCACAGAAGGAGAGAUGUUGGAGGCGUGGAGGAGUUUCGUAUUAUCCGUUGAUCCGGACGUUAUCACUGGCUACAACAUCUCUCGUUUUGACCUCCCUUACCUGCUGGUCCGCGCGGGGAUAUGUCGGUUGAAUACCUUCAAGUUCCUCGGAAGGCUCUCCCAUAUUCCUUCAGUGACAACAACGGACGUCCAGUCCUGGAACAGAAACCCAGUCACUGUGGCAGGAAGACUCACUUUUGACCUUUGGGACCAUAUUUCUAGAAGAAAGGAUCAGUUAGGCCUCUUUUCGAUGAAGCUGGGCAAUGUUGCGCAUCACUUCUUGCGUGAAGACAAGGUCGACUUGGAUAUUGCUGAUAUUCCCCAGCUUCAAGAGGGCGGUCCUGCGACUCGAAGGAAGCUGGCUAUUUAUUGUUUGAAGGAUGCAUACCUUGUGCAAAGGCUUUUGGAUCACUUGAAUGCGUUCGAGGACGAUCUUGAAGCGGCACGAGCUAGGUCGAUUCCCGUAGAAAGGCUUAUGAGCAGGGGUACACGAUACUAA